CUAUUGUAUAUUGUUUGGAAUAUUCCCAGUACAAUAUAUGGAUUAUGGGUUAUGUAUAAAAAGACAGAUGACCCUGAGGAAAAGUCAGUACAGAUGCAAUAAUGGCCAAGUUUGUACUCCUCACUGGGCUGAGCCUUCUGUUUUGUGCUGAUUUAGGCUUUACUUACCAGCUUACAUGCUACUUUACCAACUGGGCGCAGUACAGACCUGGAUUAGGAAAGUUUAAGCCUGAUAACAUUGAUCCAUGCCUUUGUACUCACUUGAUCUAUGCCUUUGCCGGAAUGUCUGAUAACCAAAUCAACAUUACUGAUUGGAAUGACAUCACCUUAUACAACUCUUUCCAAAAUUUAAAGAAGCACAAUGGAGAGCUGAAAACACUGCUGUCUAUUGGAGGCUGGAACUUUGGAACUGGACCCUUUACUGCCAUGGUGUCCAGCUCUGAAAAUAGAAGGAUUUUUAUUUCUUCUGCAGUUCGAUUUUUACGAAAAUAUGGCUUUGAUGGAUUAGCCUUGGACUGGGAAUACCCUGGUUCCAGAGGAAGCCCUCCUCAGGAAAAACACCUAUUCACUACAUUGGUACAGGAAUUGCAUUCCGCUUUUGAGGAAGAAGCCUCCCAAACCAAAAACACCAGACUUUUACUUACUGCAGCAGUGGCUUCUGACAUUUCCAAAAUCAAUGCAGGUUACCAGAUUCCUGAGAUUUCUCAAGUUUUGGAUCACAUUUAUGUAAUGACCUAUGACCUUCAUGGCUCUUGGGAAGGAUUUACAGGAGAAAACAGUCCCCUCUUUUCUGCACCUUCUGCUGAUGGAUAUAGGUCUCAUUUAAAUGUUUAUUAUGUAAUGAACUACUGGGUGACAAAUGGUGCACCAGCCUCUAAACUCUUUGUUGGAUUUCCAAUUUAUGGACACACCUUUAAUCUGAAAGAUGCAUCUGAUAAUUCCAUUGGUGCCCCUACUACUGGACCAGGGUCUGCUGGGCCAUUCACACUGCAGCCUGGAUUACUGGCUUAUUAUGAGAUCUGCACUUUCUUAAAGAAUGAAGCAACCAAAAUGUGGUCUUUUUCUGAAGAUGUCCCCUAUGCAUAUCAUGGAAAUGAAUGGGUGGGAUAUGACAACAUCAUUAGCUUUAAACUCAAGGCUGAGUGGCUGAUACAAAGCAACUUUGGAGGUGCUAUGGUUUGGUCUCUUGAUAUGGAUGAUUUUACAGGGACAUUUUGUAACCAGGGAAAGUUCCCUCUGAUCUCUUCUCUAAAGAGCACUUUUAGAUUUAAUGCCUCCGGCUGUAUCCCACCUGCUUCAACUAGUGCCCCAAUCACAGUUGCUCCGUCUACAACUCACAAAGUAACUGAUUCUGGCAGCACUACUAAAGAAUCUGGAUUUUGUAUUGGUAAAGCUAAUGGUAUCCCAGGCCCAAUUACUACAGACAAGAACCACAGCAGCAGCGAUGGUGGUAGCAGCACUGGUAGUACUGGAUUCUGUUCAGGCAAAUCCAAUGGCUUGUACCCAGUGGCUGGGAAUAAUAAUGCCUUUUGGAAUUGUUGGAGAGGUAUUACAUAUCAGCAAAAGUGUCCCUCCAGGCUUAUCUUUGACAAAAGUUGUCAGUGCUGCACCACAGGAUCAGUCACAACUGUACCCUCCAAAAAUUCUGUUGGAAGUGGAUUCUGUAGUGGCAAACCCAGUGGCCUGUACCCAGUUGCUGGUGACAAUAAUGGAUUCUGGAACUGUUGGAAAGGUAUUACAUUCCAACAACACUGCCCUGUGGACUCAUCUUCGAUCAAACUUGUCAAUGCUGUAGUCCCUCUCCAGUUCUAGGUGCUCCACAUAAGAAUAGUAGCAGCAGUGGUUCUAGUGACCAACACAUAAAUAAGCCUGGCAUUAAACCUAAGACCAAUAACCCUGGCAGCCAACCUAAGAGUGGUGCA